UGGGCGUCUGCUAGGGCUGGGCGCCGACUGGAGCGCGCUCCAGAGAAACCGUAAAAGGCCGGGGCAGGCGGGGCAGGAGUGGCUCUGCCUGCGUGACCAAGCCUUCGUCCCUGUCCCCGUCGUCUCCCGCAGCCGCGGCUUCUCAGCCAUGGGCACCGUCUGGUCCGCCUUGCUGGUCGGAGGGGGUCUGGCGGGAGCGCUUUUGGUUUGGUUGCUGCGGGACGGCCCUGGGGAGCCCGGGAAAGACGCGGACGCCGAGCAGCAGGAGAACACUCCUCUUGGGGAGGCUGCGGCUCCGGAAGGCGAUCAGGGUGGUGGCGGCGGUGGACCUUCCAAGCGGGACUCGGUCACCAAACCAGAGCCUCUGCAAGAAAGCAAUGGACAUUUGAUUUCUGAGACCAAAGGGCUUGGUAUCCUGCCAGAAGCAGCACAGAAACAGCAGACUCCCCAAGAAGCAGACUGGGACAAUGCAAGAGAGCACGGUCCUGCUGCCCAGAUUUCACUUGCACACGCUGUAGCUACCUCUGACACUGGUAACUCUGAAGUUUCAAGAAGUAAAAGCCUUGAAUCUCAUGUCGGAGAAUGCAAAUUCCAAAAAGGACAAGUAACACCUGUUAAAGCAGCUACAUGCUUCGCAGAGAAGUUGCCCUCUAGCGGUCCGCUCAUGGACAGAGCUAAAGAAGGGAACCUUGCACAGUUGGGCAGUCAGGACUCAGCUGACCACGAGGAUUGGGAAAUGGUAUCUAGGCACUCAUCCUGGGGGGACAUUGGCUUGGGUGGCAGUCUUGAGACUUCUGGGGUAAGCCUAAGCCAGGGAAUGGACUGUGGCAGGAGCACUUUUGUGGGAGCAAGAGGUUGGGUAGCAGAUGGGAAGGCCAUGUCUUCAGAGCCUCAGCAAGUUAGCAUCAAGUUCCAGGUGCAUUAUACCACAAGCACCAAGGUGCAAUUCAUUGCAGUAACUGGAGACCAUGAGUGUCUUGGGAGAUGGAACACUUACAUUCCACUCCACUAUCAUGAGGACGGGCUCUGGGCUCAUUCUGUUUUCCUGCCAGCAAAUACAGUGGUGGAGUGGAAGUUUGUGCUGGUAGAGAAUGGGGAAAUUACACGCUGGGAAGAGUGUAGCAAUAGACUCCUAGAGACUGGCCAUGAGGACAGAGUGGUACACGGGUGGUGGGGGAUUCCAUGAUUCAGUUUGUGAAGUAUUCGAGAGGCUGUUGCAGAAUGUGGAAGAGACUAAGGUUGUGGAGCACACUAAAUAAUUUAAAAUAAAGGCCGUGCAACUCCAAAUGUAGCCAUCAGAGUUGUUUCGAAUUUGCCAGUGGCUUUUGUCUAAUGUGGAGACAUAUGUAUGUAUGUGUGUAGAUAUAUAUGGGUAUAUAUAUAUAUAUAUGUAUGCAUGCAACUAAUGCUUCCAGUGAGCAUGGACUUUUUGCCCUUGUGGCAUCAACUGAUUGGUUUGUUCUGAUACAUCAUUACUUUAGGGCUUGAACCUCUCAGGGAGUGAUUUGGCUAAGCUUCCAGUGUGGACUGUGGUCAAGGAGCACAUAACCAGCUGCAUGAGUACAAGCUUGAGCCCUUAGGAGCUCUUCAGAGUGAGAGUAAAAUAGGACUUCAGAAACAUUCUUUACUACAUACACCGUAUGGAACUGUGAUCAGAAAAUGUGAUUAGUAAGGGUCUGUGGCACUGCUCUAAGGCUCCCGCUGUUUUUUUGUGUGGUUUUACUUGGAUUUGAAAUCUGUCUUAAUGAUCUAAGGCUGGUGUGGACACAAAGGGCUGAAUCCAGGUUAGUCUUCAAGGAAGUCAGUCAGGGGAGUGGAGUGACGCAGCCUGAAGUUCACCUCUUUGAGGCUGGAGAGGUCCAGUAUGGCUCCAGUGAGGACUGCAUCCAUCCUUUACCCAUGAGAGCCCUCACAGGACUGUCUCCUUACUGCUGCACUGGUUGUCUAACCAGGUCUUGAGAGAUGCACUAUCCUGUAGCUGCUGUUGUCCAUCUGUGGCCCUCUUUCCUCUCCUUUCAUACCAGUAACUAUCUUAUACAGGGCUGUGAUACAGAAUUACAUCUUUGCUCUAACAUGAAAUAAACAUUUAUUAUAACUGGACAAAUAAUAAAACUGGAGUUUUAAUAUCUUUAU